AUGCUUCUGCUGGGCAUCUUAACCCUGGCUUUCGCCGGGCGAACCGCUGGAGGCUCUGAGCCAGAGCGGGAGGUGGUCGUUCCCAUCCGACUGGACCCGGACAUCAACGGCCGCCGCUACUACUGGCGGGGUCCCGAGGACUCCGGGGAUCAGGGACUCAUUUUUCAGAUCACAGCAUUUCAGGAAGACUUUUACCUACACCUGACGCCGGAUGCUCAGUUCUUGGCGCCCGCCUUCGCCACUGAGCAUCUGGGCGUCCCCCUCCAGGGGUUCACCGGCAGCUCUUCAGACCUGCGACGCUGCUUCUACUCUGGGGACGUGAACGCCGAGCCGGACUCGUUCGCGGCUGUGAGCUUGUGCGGGGGGCUCCGCGGAGCCUUUGGCUAUCGAGGCGCCGAGUACGUCAUUAGCCCGUUGCCCAACGCCAGCGCGCCGGCCGCGCAGCGCAACAGCCAGGGCGCACACCUUCUCCAGCGCCGGGGUGUGCCGGGCGGGCCUUCCGGAGACCCCACCUCUCGCUGCGGGGUGGCCUCGGGCUGGAACCCCGCCAUCCUGCGGGCCCUGGACCCUUACAGGCCGCGGCGGGCGGGCUUGGGGGAGAGUCGCAGCCGGCGCAGGUCUGGGCGCGCCAAGCGUUUCGUGUCUAUCCCGCGGUACGUGGAGACGCUGGUGGUCGCGGACGAGUCAAUGGUCAAGUUCCACGGCGCGGACCUGGAGCAUUAUCUGCUGACGUUGCUGGCAACGGCGGCGCGACUCUACCGCCAUCCCAGCAUCCUCAACCCCAUCAACAUCGUUGUGGUCAAGGUGCUGCUUCUUAGAGAUCGUGACUCCGGGCCCAAGGUCACCGGCAACGCGGCCCUGACCCUGCGCAACUUCUGUGCCUGGCAGAAGAAGCUGAACAAAGUGAGUGACAAGCACCCCGAGUACUGGGACACCGCCAUCCUCUUCACCAGGCAGGACCUGUGUGGAGCCACCACCUGUGACACCCUGGGCAUGGCCGAUGUGGGCACCAUGUGUGACCCCAAGAGAAGCUGCUCUGUCAUUGAGGACGAUGGGCUUCCAUCCGCCUUCACCACUGCCCACGAGCUGGGCCACGUGUUCAACAUGCCCCAUGACAAUGUGAAAGUCUGUGAGGAGGUGUUUGGGAAGCUCCGAGCCAACCACAUGAUGUCCCCGACCCUCAUCCAGAUCGACCGCGCCAACCCCUGGUCAGCCUGCAGUGCUGCCAUCAUCACUGACUUCCUGGACAGUGGGCACGGUGACUGCCUCCUGGACCAACCCAGCAAGCCCAUCUCCCUGCCCGAGGAUCUGCCCGGUGCCAGCUACACCCUGAGCCAGCAGUGCGAGCUGGCCUUUGGCGUGGGCUCCAAGCCCUGUCCUUACAUGCAGUACUGCACCAAGCUGUGGUGCACUGGGAAGGCCAAGGGACAGAUGGUGUGCCAGACCCGCCACUUCCCCUGGGCCGAUGGCACCAGCUGUGGUGAGGGCAAGUUCUGCCUCAAAGGGGCCUGCGUGGAGAGACACAACCUCAACAAGCACAGGGUGGACGGUUCCUGGGCCAAAUGGGAGCCCUAUGGCCCCUGCUCGCGCACAUGUGGCGGGGGCGUGCAGCUGGCCAGGAGGCAGUGCACCAACCCCACUCCUGCCAACGGGGGCAAGUACUGCGAGGGAGUGAGGGUGAAAUACCGAUCCUGCAACCUGGAACCCUGCCCCAGCUCAGCCUCUGGAAAGAGCUUCCGGGAGGAGCAGUGUGAGGCUUUCAAUGGCUACAACCACAGCACCAACCGGCUCACUCUGGCCGUGGCAUGGGUGCCCAAGUACUCAGGCGUGUCUCCUCGGGACAAGUGCAAGCUCAUCUGCCGAGCCAAUGGCACUGGCUACUUCUAUGUGCUGGCACCCAAGGUGGUGGACGGCACGCUGUGCUCUCCCGACUCCACCUCCGUCUGUGUCCAAGGCAAGUGCAUCAAGGCUGGCUGUGAUGGGAACCUGGGCUCCAAGAAGAGGUUCGACAAGUGUGGGGUGUGUGGGGGAGACAAUAAGAGCUGCAAGAAGGUGACAGGACUCUUCACCAAGCCCAUGCAUGGCUACAAUUUCGUGGUGGCCAUCCCCGCAGGCGCCUCAAGCAUCGACAUCCGCCAGCGCGGCUACAAGGGGCUGAUUGGGGAUGACAACUACCUGGCUCUGAAGAACAGCCAAGGCAAGUACCUGCUCAACGGGCACUUCGUGGUGUCCGCAGUGGAGCGGGACCUGGUGGUGAAGGGCAGCCUGUUGCGGUACAGCGGCACUGGCACAGCGGUGGAGAGCCUGCAGGCCUCCCGGCCCAUCCUGGAGCCGCUGACCGUGGAGGUCCUCUCCGUGGGGAAGAUGACACCGCCCCGGGUCCGCUACUCCUUCUAUCUGCCCAAAGAGCCUCGGGAGGACAAGUCCUCCCAUCCCAAGGACCCCCGGGGCCCUUCUGUCCUGCACAACAGCGUCCUCAGCCUCUCCAACCAGGUGGAGCAGCCGGACGACAGGCCCCCUGCACGCUGGGUGGCAGGCAGCUGGGGGCCGUGCUCUGUGAGCUGCGGCAGCGGCCUGCAGAAGCGGGCGGUGGACUGCCGGGGCUCCCCGGGGCAGCGCACGGUCCCUGCCUGUGAUGCAGCCCAUCGGCCCGUGGAGACACAAGCCUGUGGGGAGCCCUGCCCCACCUGGGAGCUCAGCGCCUGGUCACCCUGCUCCAAGAGCUGCGGCCGGGGAUUUAAGAGGCGCCCGCUCAAGUGCGUGGGCCACGGAGGCCGGCUGCUGGCCCGGGACCAGUGCAACCUGCGCCGCAAGCCCCAGGAGCUGGACUUCUGUGUCUUGAGGCCGUGCUGAGUGGGGUCAUCCCUUUCUCCCCCUCACUCUCCACCCCACUGAUGUGCCAGCAUUCUGCCAGCUGGAGUAGUGGGCAGAGGACGGUGGCCAGGGGCUCACGCCACGAUGUCACCCACAUCCAGGGACAAGGACCAUGGGCUGGGGCGAGAGGUUCCCUCCUCCUCCCUGGACUGGGCAGAGGGAAGCCCAGAAACUCCCGCACAGUCUACCUCAGGCCCCGCUCCUCGGGCCGGUUGCGGGAAGAGGCUUUGAGGUGCAGGGCAGAAGGUGCUGAGGCCCAGUUUCCAAGGGACCUGGAGGAUGGGCACCUUCCAGGCAGAACUUCAGGGACCCCGGCCCCCGGAAGGGAGGCCACAGGCUGCUGGAAGAGCCGUGUCUCAGCAGCUUGGCACCCUCAGGUGGCCCCAUGGGCUCUGAGCCGUGUCUGAAUGAGGCAGGGUUUUCACGGUGCUUUUAGCCCACCUUCUUUUGUGAACUGACAUGGACUAAGCAAUAAAAGCUGGCUGGGGCUGGGCAGAAGCCACGGGGAGAAUGAGAUUAGGGUCCCUGGAGUCUGGCACUUCACCGUGGAAUGUAAACGUGGAUGUAAA